AUGCCGCACUCAAGCUCGGAUGGGCCGUUGGCAAAGCGCCAAAAGGUCUCUGCCGUCGUCGAGUCGGCUCCUUCCACGGCGGCCAACCCGUCUCGGAUAUUUGCACCGUUCAGAACUGUCGGGCUGGUGUCGUCUACCAGUGUUCCCUUCACAUCGAUACCUCUAGGCACGAAAAGCUUUCAACUUACCACCUCGGUGGGUAGGGCUCUGCAGACAUACGACGUGCGACGCGGUUUGAACCUCGUCUUUGUCACCCGGCCCGAGACUCCUGCCAACAUUACCGCCACCUUCGCAUGGAAACAGAAGCUCUUUGCUGCCUGGGGAGAUGGCUCCAACGGAGAACCGCAGGGAUUCUGGGUGUUUCAGCGUGGCAAAAAGGUGGACCAGCUCGAGCUCCCUGCCCAUCUCGCUGAACCCAUCACGCAGGUGUUCGUGUUUGGCAAUUGGAUCGUUGCCUGUGCCAAGACGAGGGUCGAGGUUUUCAAGACUGCCACUCUGGAGCACUACACUACCUUGCAAACCAUGGCGGCGAAAAAUGGGGGCAACGAAAUCACUGGUGGAGUCACCAGCAUGCCUACCUUUUUGAACAAGGUUUUUAUCGGUCGCAAGGACGGUUGGGUGGAGAUAUGGAACGUCAGCACCGGAAAACUUGUGUAUACAAUCUUGCCGCCAACUCCCGACUGCGGCUCUGUCACCUGCCUGGAACCCUCGACUGCCCUCUCACUCAUGGCAAUCGCUUACUCUUCUGGCACGCUCAUCAUCACCAACGUCCUCACUGACAAGCCCGUUAUUCAGCUUGAAGCCGGCAGCACCGAAGCUGCCGUCGGCUCAAUAUCUUUCAGAACCGAUGGCAAGGGUGCCGGCCAUGACGGCAGCAAAGAUGGCGUCAUGGCGACGGCCAGCCAAGCCACUGGCGACAUCACGUUCUGGGACCUGAACAAGGGAGGUCGAGUAAUGGGAGUCCUGAGGAGCGCCCACAACCCCCCCUCUCGCGAUGGAAAGAGUGCCAGAGGUGGCAUCAACAGAGUUGAGUUUUUGGCGGGCCAGCCUGUCAUUGUGUCAAGUGGUCUUGACAACUCUCUCAAGACCUGGAUAUUCGAUACAACGCCCUUCUCCCCAAUUCCGCGGAUUCUGCACUCGCGAAGUGGCCACGCUGGGCCCGUCAACUGCCUGCGAUUCCUGCCUUCCGACUUUGACGGAUCGGAAUCCGGGAACAAGUGGCUGCUCAGCGGUGGCCGGGAUAGGAGUCUCUGGGGUUGGAGCUUGCGACGGGACGGCCAGAGCAUGGAGCUGAGCCAGGGUCAACUGCGCCAAAAGGCGAAAAAGAUUGGCAUUCUUGCCUCCAACGCCCUUGCCCAUGGCCCAACCACUUUGCUGGAAGACUUGAAGGCUGCUGAAAUCACAAGCAUUGCCAUGUCCCUCAACAGAGAUGGGGGCAUCGGCGCGAUUCCCGGAAAGCUGCCCGUCUGGCAAAAGGGCCACGGUGACAGCAAGAAGAAUGUCGACGCGGAAAUCAGCGGCAUGACGGGCUGGGAGAGCGUUGUUACAGCCCACAAGGGGGAUCGGUAUGCCAGAACUUGGUUCUGGGGCCGAAAACGUGCUGGCCGGUGGGCGUUCCCGACCGGGGACGCCGCCAACGUAUCGAGCGUGGCCAUCAGUCCUUGCGGAACCUUUGCAGUUGUCGGAUCAGAGGGCGGCUCCAUCGACAUGUUCAACCUUCAGUCUGGGACGCAUCGCCAAAGGUUCCCGUCUCGCUUGACGCCCUCGCAAGCACGGCAAGUUCGCCUGCAGCAGUUGAGGCAAGCCGAUGAUGUGGCGCAGCUGGAAGCCAGCGGCGGCGGACGGAAAUUCCUGCCGGGUACCGGAAGACAUACCCAGGCGGUGACGGGGCUUGUUGUCGACGCCAUGAACAAGGCGAUUGUGUCUUGUUCGUUGGACGGCAAGAUCAAGUUCUGGGACUUCCUUACAGGGACACUGGUCGAGCAGCUUGACUGGGCUCCAAUGACGUACCCCACCUCGUGCAGAUAUCACGCUGCCAACAAUCUGCUGGCAUUCUCGUGCAAUGACCUGUCCAUACGAGUCGUCGACAUGGAGACAAAGAGGACAAUCCGCGAGUUCUGGGGCCCGCAAAACACCAUAAACGAUUUCUGCUUUUCCCACGAUGGGCGAUGGGUGAUUGCCGCGUCCAACGACCGCGUCGUGCGGGUUUGGGAUUUGCCGACAAGCCAUCUCAUCGAUGCGAUUCGGUUGGAGAAGCCUUGCACCGCGCUUGACAUGUCUGUCACUGGUGAAUAUCUAGCUGCCACCUUGGAAGAGGAGCCAGGGGUCACCCUCUGGACGAACAAAUCCUUGUUCAAGCACGUUCCAACCAGACAGAUUUCGGAGAAAGAAAUUGGGCAAGUUUCCGCGCCAACCGUCUCCGGAGAAGGGAAUGAGGGCUUGCUGGAAGGCGCGUUCGAAGAUGACAAGGAGGGCGCUGAUCAUGACGAUACUACAAUCGCCCCCUCUGCGGAUCAGCUGAGCUCGGAACUAAUGACGCUGAGCCUGGUGCCCAAGAGUCGAUGGCAGACGCUAUUGCACCUCGAUCUGAUCAAGGAAAGAAACAAACCGAGAGAAGCACCAAAGGCUCCGGAAAAGGCACCCUUCUUCCUUCCGUCGACGACGGGUGCCAAGGUACCGGGGCAAGAAACCGUUGCGCAUGCCAAGGUGGAUGAAGGCAAUUCUCGCAUCACCAAGCUUGACAAAGCUCGGUUUGAGGAGCAGUUCUCAACCAAAUUGCGUGUCGGAGCAGAGGGGAAUGACUACGGCGAGUUUGUUGAGCACCUCAAAGGGCUAUCCCCUUCAAACGCUGAUUUGGAGCUGCGUUCCCUAUCAAUUGGACAUGGUGACGAGGGGUCAAACGAGCUGCUACACUUUAUCAGGGCUUUGACGGCACAAUUGAAGGCGAGGAAGGAUUACGAACUGACACAGGCUUGGAUGAAUGUCUUUCUCCGCCUACACUUUGACGUGGUGAUGGAAAGUGAAGCUUUGCUCGGGGCGCUUAAGCAGUGGAAGUCGCAGCAAGAGAAGGAAUGCAACCGGCUGGAUGAUCUUGUUGGUUACUGCAGCGGCGUUGUUAGUUUCCUGAGGAGUCCUCGGACAUGA